AUGGGCCCACCCCAAUGGGCCCACACGGGGCUCCCAGCCACUGAGGGCUCUCAGAAUCUUGGAGGUGACUCUUUAAGCGGCUCCUCCUCUCUGCCAACAGAAGGCGGUGAGCCCCUCCUUGCGCUGCCUUGGAAAGUAUUUGAUUAUCGCUACGACGGGGAUUUUAUUGUGGCUGGUCUCCCAGUGCUUUUGACGCCAUGUGGACCUCCGAGGGCUCCCGAGGACCAGAUAAACGGAGACACAGGCUGCUCCGUCUGGGAUGCCUCCGUCGUGUUGCUGCGCUUCCUUGAGAAGAGGUUGGAGGGACUCCUUGGAACCCCAGAGAUGGCCCCAAAAGGGGAUUGUGCAAGAGUCCCUCCACUGAUCAUUGAACUAGGAGCAGGUAAGGGCCUAGUUGGCCUAGGGGCUGCAGCUAUUGUUACAGCUAUAACGGCUAAGGCGGAGCUUCAUACGCAUAAAGCGAAAUCCCAGGUCAAGGCCUUCCUCGCUCCAAGAGGCCCUCUACCGCACGCCUGCCACGUAUUGUUAACCGACUUGGAUUACUGUGUGGCAGGCCUCCGCGAGGCGGUGCAGCUUAAUCAACAUUUUGCAGAUUUACUGCCAUCCAUAGAGGCCUUCGAUGAGGUACUAGAUUAUUGUCAAGCCACCAGGUGCCCGGAAAAACCCCUAGGUGCUGCACAAGGGCCUCGGGCCGGCGUCGUAGCUGAAGUUCUCGAUUGGUCCUGCCCAGAAAAAUGCAAUGCCUUGGGGCCCCGUGGGAUAUCCGCAAAGCGAACCCCUCGAAGACCGCUUUUAGUUGUUGCAGCAGAUGUUCUGUGGCUGAGGGAACUCGUAGAGCCCUUUGUUCGCACCCUCGCAUUCUUCCUCACUCCUAGAGAAAUGCGGUGGGAUUUCAAAGUGCCCCCCAAGGGGAGCCCUGUUAGUGCACCAGAAGAUUCUACAUUGAUUAUUGUGGCCCAUCAGAGUCGAUCUCAGCCUGUCGAUUCUCUUUUUUUUUCGCUGUUGCGAGCUUGGGGCCUCUACGCUGAGCGUCUGGACUAUGGUGACGCCGAAGGGUCUAUGGAGGGCGUCCAUGGCCCCCCUCAUUCGGUGCAUUUAGCGCACGACCACACAAAUCUAAAUUUUGGAAGUGGGCUUACCCUACUCCCCAGCGAAUACGAGAGGCGAACAGCCAAAACAAAUAAUCAACACUUUAUUCAUUAUUACUUAAAUAUGGCCAGUGUAGGAAAAAUAGCAAAGUGUAGCCUUUCAACAGCUCAGCUUUCGGCUGUCUGCCAAGCUUUGAGUUCUUUUUAUCGGAAUCCACUGUUCGAGACAGCCUAUAUGCACAGACGAUUUGCUCCCACCCCAAGUGGCCCAACCUUCUAUCAGUUUACGGAAAAUGCAUUCUGCGCCCCUCCCGAGGGCCCAUCAAGCUCGUUGAAGGGACCAACUUUUAAAGUGCCACCAAGAGGUCCAUAG